AUGGCCAACAACCAAGAGGCCCCAAAGCCCCAAGCUCCGAUGGAGGCGCGCCCCACCUCUUCAAGUGGCACUGACGCAUCCCGCGGCACGACGGGCCCGAUCACACAAGCUCCAAAGGCCGAGCCGCGCCCAGUCGCGCAGAAGCAGGAGCCUGAGCUCCGCGGCGGCGGCAUGACCAUCGGCUUCAACUGCUGUCGCGGGCAUUGUAACUGUCAUGAGACAUGCUGCUGA